GUCUGGCUCCCAUUGCCAUCGCCGUCGUUUGCUCCCCUCGCAUCUUGGCCGUACAUCCGCUCAACUAUGCCGUAGCCCGGCCAAUCCAUCCUGCCACCCUUCUACUCUGACUGCCAUGCUGCCUCUGCCUCGUGCGUGACCAGCCGCCCACUCCCCUGAACGACAUCAUUGCUGCGUCCCCUCUCAUUUUGCGCUCCUGCGCCCCGGCAUCCGAUUCCGCUCCCGCUGAGCCCCCAUUCCCUUUCGAGCCCACUUCUCCGACCCUUUGCUAAGCAUUGUCAUCGCACGCGGGAACAGGGCAGCGCGACGUAGCGCAACACUCUCCAGUCGAGCACAGCACACUAUCGGAUCGCAUUGCUAAAACACCCUCCCGUCGUGCUUCGCGCACUGAGCGUACGUGGGGUACCGCUAGUCGCCCGCAUCACAACCCGCACGCUUCUUUGACCACGUCCUGCCAAUUCACAAUGGAGCAAGAACGCCCACUACAGCGUGCCCCGCCGCCUGCAUACACUCAGCACGAGCCUGAGUCGCUGCAUCUGCCCUCGGUACCAACCCAUAUACCCACUCACAACCAUCACCCCGACAAUGCAAGACUCCCGGGCAUCAAGUCGCUGCAUCUGCCCGAGACCAAACCACGUCAUACACCACACACCUCCAUAGAAUACAGUCCGCGCACAAAUUUCGAAGCGUCGCAUUGGGGCGUCUUGCCUGCCCCAAAUGGCACUACGUUCCCGAGUGUGCCAGAGAGCCUGCCGCGCGAAGAUGUAGGAAGCCCCAUGGACACAUCUAGUAUACGAGAAACGAGUGUCAGUAUGGAUGACCCAGAUGUACGAUUGGCAGCCGAGGCGCUAAGUGGAUUGGGCAACCCAGACUUUGUCCGUUCUCCCACGGCACGAUCCCUCACAUUGUCUGCCCGCUCACCCACUGCUGAACCACCGGAGCCACUUCUGUCGCUAAUCACCUCGAAUCACCCAUGGCUGGGAAGUUCCAUCAAUGGCUCCAUAUCCGCUUACAAUACGACAAAAGGUUACACGCCUCGUCUAGUCCAAUAUGGUGCCGAACUGCUGGAACGCAAUAUCGGAUCGCCUGUAGUAAAUACUGUUUCGUCCGUAGGCAGAAGAACCGGCAUGGAAAAGAGCCUGCGCCGUUACCUGGGCGAAGGACAUCGCCGGCCUAGUGAUCUUGAACAGGGUGACAGCGACAGUUCUAGAAGUAAGAGACAGAGGAUUGCGAGUCCCGCCGACGAUGCCAUGGAUGUAGACGAUGCACUUGCGGCAGCGUCGCGAACAAGAGGGGGAUCUCAAUCCUCUUACUCUGAAUCGCUUCCAGCCUAUGAUGACCAGAGAUCCCCAAACUACGAAGAGGCGAUUGUAUCGGGAGAUGCGGCUGGGCAAAAAGCACCAGAACAGCGAUCCGAGACCCCGCAAGACCGUCGCGUAAACUGGUCUACACAGCUCAUCAUGACAACCUCUGGCCUUGGUGUUGCUCUGUCUGAGACAUCCCUGCGCUCCCUGAAAAUCUGUCUAGGUCUUCUCCGCAGCGCAACAACACACAUUGACUCUGUCAUGCGUGCACUCAAGCUUGUCCUGGAAGAAUACGAAGCCGCGCUGCGCAACCAAAGGGAAUCUUCGUCCAACAUCAACAACAACAACAUUGCCCAAGACGAAAAAGCCCAACUGAACGGCAACAUGGCGCAAAUGGGCCUCGUAGAUUCCGACAAGGACGACCAAGUCCGCCGCUUCGCCGAUCGCAUCAAAGAACUCUCCUCGGACAUCUGGCAAACCCUUCAAUCAGUCGUGCAAUCCGUCUCCCGCUACACCGGCGGUGCCCUCCCGCAAAACGCCCAAACUGUCGUCCGCACUCAGCUCCUCUCCGUGCCCCAGCGCUGGCAACUCGCCAGCCGCAACACCAGCGGCAGCGGCGGCGACGAAGUCCGCGGCGCAAACCGUAUGCUGGCGUUUGCAAAGGAGGGGCUUGACAUGAUGGGCCAGAUUACGACGGUCGUGGAUGGAACGGUGCAGAGUGCGGAGUGCUGGCUUCAACGUAUCGGGCGUAGACCUGCUGCUAGUGGUAGUGAGGAGAGAGGGGGACAGGUGGGGGAGAGCCAGAAGACGCCGCUUGCGCUUGAGGCGGGGUUGAGGAGGGAUGAGAAGAGGUAGUUGAAUAUGCGUUGUUAUAUACAUAUGAUCGUUGUUGAUGUUUUUUUCUUCCACAAGCCGUCCUUGUUCUUCUUGCUCAUCUUCUUCUUCGCCUUCGCCUUUUGUGGGUGUGUGUGGGUGUAUGUGUGUGCUCUUCUUCUUUUUCUUCUUCUUCUUCUUCUUCUUCUUCUUUUGCUCGUUUUUUUGUUGUUGAAAGUAAGCAAGGAGAAAAGGUGAAAAGGGGGGACGCGAAUGCAGUGGAAAGGAAAUAUGAAGUUCAGGUUGCAUGGUCUCAAGAUGGCAAGUGAAGGGAGUCUUUUUUUUUUUAGAAGUCUACAAGUGACAACACGAGGGGAGUGGUGGAGAUAUGAAAUACAGAAGUG